CUGCAUGCACGCGCGAUCCGUCGAAUGGUUAUCGAUCGAUAAUGGAAGCUGCGGCAGCGCCCUCUGUUUAGGAACGAUACAGAGGCUGGAUCUGACAGCCAACAUGGAGACGAAGACAUAACACGGAGUGGGACUAUCCAGAUGGACAAAGGUGAAAAAGAGGACGCAAUUACAACCCAGACCCAAAUUCUGGGUUGUCUGCCCUUGCCAUUGUAACUUGAAGUAUUAAUUCUGGCAAGCAUGGUGCUGCAAUAUCAACUAGAUGGAGGGGGACAGUGGAUUUUAAUGUUUGCUUUCCUAUCCUGCUGCCUCUCUGUACCAGUAACAGCCAGCACAUAUUAUUUUGACAAGUAUGGUCACUGUGCCUCCACCAAUCCAAUCCUGAUUGAUGAUGAACAGCAUACAAUUUUGGCAAAGGGUGGUGAAGCCUACUCUACACUGCAGUGUGACUUGUCCUUCAAGGCCAAUCGCAAUGACCAGUUGUGCCUGCACUUCAUGACCUACGACAUUGAGAACUGUGAUGUUGAACUCUUUGUGUAUGACAAAGAUUCAAGUUCAGGCAGCUUUAUGAACAAAUUCACAUGUGGAUCAGAUGUCCAUAGUGUUUGCAGCUCGGGCCGCUAUAUGACACUGCUGUUAAAGAAGAGGAGAUUGAGUUCAAAAAUGUACAACUUUGAACUCAUUGUCAGGGAGAAGUCUGAAAGUGAUGUGUUUAUGGAUGGUCUGGAUGCGUUUGUGCUAUCAAUAGGCCUCAUCAUCGGAAUCAUUGUGGGUGUGGUGUGUCUGAUUGCUGUGUUGGCCAUUAUCAUCGUUUGUUGUUGUUGUAAGAGGAAGGCUAGUCAGGGGCGUGUGUAUCGUAAGGCACCGAAGGCGGCCUCUGAGUGUGAAUCAUUCCAGACAAAUGUCAACCACCACCCAGUACAACCAUCAGCACCCCCUCUUCAGGAGAGUAACCCACCUGUCAUGCAACUCCCCCAUGACCUCCAUCAAGCUUAUGCCCAGCCUCCAUUCCCUCUGGAACCACCACCAGCCUACUCCCCAGUCCCUCCCUCAGAGAGCCAGGCCCCAGAGAUUGUAAAAACAUGAAGUCAUCAAUUCAGGAGUCCUCAAAGUAUGAUGACACAAGAUGUCGUGAUCAUCAAAACAUGUCAUCAGAUGGUGUGAUCAUCAAAGCAUGAUGUCAUCAGAUGGUGUGAUCAUCGAAGCAUGAUGUCAUCAGAUGGUGUGAUCAUCAAAGCAUGAUGUCAUCAGAUGUUGUGGUCAAAUGUUGCAGAUGGUGUGCAUGUUCAACUAAAUAUAUCAUGAAUUUCUGGAAUCAUCAAAAUAUUCAUAUCAAAUUCAAAUUCAGGAUGUUUCUAAUUUUAGGAAUCUUUAUUACAUGAUGUUAUGAAAUAAUUUCAUUGUCUAAAUAUGAUGUCAUCAAUUGUUGUGAUCGACCAAACAUGGUUAAAUAUAAUUCAGGCAUAAUCACAACAUGGUGUAAAUUUAUGAAAUGUCAGAACAUUAUAUCAUCAUAUACAAAAAAUGUACUGUGAUUAUCCAAACAUCUCAUCAAUUUCUGAAUUUUUGAAUUUCUGGCAUCCUUGAAUCUUGAUAUGGAAUAUACAAUACAAUUAUAACAUGCUAUACUGGUAUAAUAUACCAUAUAAACAUUACUUUGUAUACUGGUAUAGUUAAUGCUGAUAUGUAAUGUAAGCUGAUCUAUUUUUCACAGGAAGAGACAAUUUCUGCGUGAAAGAAUCUUCAAAUUAUUUAGGAAUGCAUGAUUGAUGUGCGUUUUUUUUCUGUGAUCAUGAAUUGUGAUAUUUUAUGUAUAGAUCUGCAGUGUUCCAAGUGUCAUAAAAAAAGGAGUUUGAUUAAUUAACUCCAAAAUAUUUUUUUAUGAACCUGGUAGUUGAAAUUAAUAUCAUUAAAAUUGAAACUGACUUAUAAAGACAUCAUGGAGGGAUUUUUCAUUAAUGGUUCAUGGAUUAUCUCCAUUUAUAAAUAGGAAUAAUGUUAUUGGUAAAAAAAACCUAUCUCCUGUGAAAAAGUUAUUAAAUCAUUACAGUUUUGUAGGUUAGCAUGGUAAAUCGGUGAUACACGAUAUACCAUGUUUCUAUAUUGAUAGAUUGAAAAUGAAUAGCAACAUUUUAUUAUAUUAUUUACUAUAUAUAUAUAUAUACACGCAUUGUAAUUGCCAUAGAUGAUCUUGUGCCAUGACUUGGUGUCAUUUGUUAUGCGUCAUCUGUAUACUCGAACAUGACACCGUCAUUAUCAUAUACACUUCUAACUGUGUGACUAUAGCAUGUUCCAUUUAUUUAUUUAUUUAUAUAAAGUCAUAUCUGUCAUAUUUUUUAUUGAGAACCAGACUUAUUCAGUUUGACGGACAAAAUAUGUCUCUAUAUCGGAAAAACUGUCAAUUUAGAACAAUUUAUUUAUGUCAUAUCAGAUCUGUAGCGUUAUUUCCCCAUAUCAUUUUUACAGGGACAAAGACGUCAUUAUUUGUUAGGAAACUGUCCUCAUGUGACCGUGGCUAUAUUGGCAUUAAAGCGUUGACCAAAAAAUGAUAAAAUUUAUGUGAUAUUGUACAGGUUUACCUCCACUUAAUAAAUUUCUGUCUUGCCUAUAGGACCAUAUCAAGAUUGUGUUCCAAACAGUUGACAAAUUCAUUAAACAUUAUUUUAGCAUGGAUGGUCAACAAUAUCAAGAGAAAAUCUUUCAUUAUGUGUACCAUAUCAGGUUUGCAAUCCAUGACAUAAUAUAAAUGUACUCCUUUAACACUGUCUAUGGGACCAGUAUUACUUAUCUUUGCCUCAUUUUGAUGUCCAUUUAUUACAUUCGUCAUGUAUGUCCCUCCACAUUCAUUUGGUUGUACUUUUAAUCAUCACCAUUGUCAAAUGAAAUAUUUUUAACUACACAGGUAUACAAAAGUUUUAUAGAUAAUAAUGCUGAUUAUAAACAGAUUUUGUGCAUUUAUCAUACAAGAGUGUUUACGGUGCUGGUUUUUCUUGCAGUCGAAUUAGGAUGGGAUUUUGAGUCAUCAAAAAGCAACAAGGUUGUCAUUCAUAUGCCAUCCAGCAGGAUUUAAAUUAAUGCAUGGAAUUAAUAAUUGCUUUACCUGUGAUCAACAACAUAUGGUCCCAAUUUUUUUAAGUACCAUGUAUGGGCUGCAAGAUCCACAAGAUGCCCGUUAUAUUCAUAUCAAGAUCAAAGUAUCACAUUCAACACUUCAUGAACCUAGUCUUAAAUUCAGAGAUUUCCUCCCCCAAUUUUUUUUGAAAAUCUGAAUGGAAUCAUGUCUACUAUUUUUAUGCAGGAUUGCAUUUUUUCCUGUAAUAACAAUUUUACCCCGAUGUUUAAGUCAAUUUUAGUGCAAUAUUUUACUAUGUUAAUAAUUUUAAAUGUUUUACCUUUUUGUUGUUUUAUUUAAAUAUUUAUUUAUAGAAUCUUAGGUUGUAAACCGUCCUAUUUUGUGUUAAAAUUCAUGCAUAUUUAUUUUUGUUUUUAUUGUGAAAAAUUCAUAUUUUGUCGUCAUCACUUUUCAUGUUUGUAUACAUCAUUGUCUAGUUCAAUUACCAUCAGUAUAACAUAAUGGGAACAAUAAAACUAUUCAAACAGAUAGA